UGUAAACUGCUUCUCAGUUCUGUCCAAACAGAACGUGAAUUGCUUCUGCGUUUGCUAGCUCUCCGUGCUGGUGUCCCCUCGGUGCUAAACAUUCAUGUUGUGUCUUUAGCCGCCCGUCCUUUUCAAACAAACUAUUUUAACGAAGAAUGAGUGAUAACGAUGACAUCGAAGUCGAUAGUGACGAAGAAUCACCGAGGUAUCACUCUGUGGCAGACAAACGGGCACACCACAAUGCACUGGAGCGCAAACGUAGGGACCAUAUCAAAGACAGCUUUCACAGCCUCCGGGACUCGGUACCCUCCCUGCAGGGAGAAAAGGUUGGUAAAGCUCAGCCUCAGUCUGCCAAACAGGCAUCUCGAGCUCAAAUCCUAGACAAAGCUACAGAGUACAUUCAGUACAUGAGGCGAAAAAACCACACGCACCAACAGGACAUCGACGACCUGAAGAGGCAGAACGCGCUGUUGGAGCAGCAAGUUCGCGCUCUGGAGAAAGUCAAGGGCUCCACGCAGCUUCAGGCCAGCUACUCGUCGUCUGACAGCAGCCUGUACACCAACCCCAAAGGCAGCGCCGUGUCAGCGUUUGACGGCGGCUCUGAUUCAAGCUCCGAGUCAGAGACGGAGGACCCGCCCACCAGGAAGAAGCUGCGCCUGGAGGCCAGCUAAAGCUCCGAUUGGCUGAAUCCCCUCUAAGAACGGGUCGGUGGGGCACAAGAAAGGGCGAGAGAGAUUCACCCUUCAAAGCUCUCUAAGCUCACUCCUUCCACAGCCUCUCGUCUCCUAAAACGCCCUCUCUCACCGCCGUCACCAUCACCUUUUCUCCUAGAGAGGAAGCAAGCAGGGAGGAAGAUGGAUCAAUCUUCAGGUUUCCCCAGCAUCCCCCGCCCUCCUCCCUCUAGUUGGUGUCUCUCCAUCAUCAGUACCCCCCCCCCCCCUUCUCCGUCUCUUAGCAACAACAAUCCAAAACUUAUAAAAAGGCAGCUUGGCUACUUAAAGACUUGAUGGUUUUUGUACACUUGGUAAACUCCUCCCCCCACGGGGUGGUUAUUGGGGCAGAAGGCGGAGCCAGGUGUACUCUUCCAAGCACUGCUUUAUUAAAUAUUAUUGUUAAUUUUUGUUCUUAAAUAAACUGUUUAGAAUUUACACACACACACCUAGAUUAAUUGUACUGGAAAGGUUUACCAUUUUAAAGUGAAUUCGUAGCUCCCCUUUUUUCCCCCCACUAAUGAAUGUGAAGAUGCUUUGAGGAGAUGUAAUUCCCACCUCAGGUCCACUGGAGUGCAGAUGUUUUCUGCCAGACACGCGUAACAUAAGAUUAUGUAUAAAGUCAUGAGUUGUUUUGUUGAAAUUGAUGUUUCGAAGGAGAACAUUCCUAAAUUUGUAUCGUAUUUUGUCCUUUAGCUUCAGUAGUGAAAGAUUUAGGUGGCUGAAUACGUAAAGCUUCUCAUUUUUAUAUAUUAAACAAGAAAUUGAUUGGAUGUUUUCAAUAUUUCAAAAAAUGUGUUCAUGCAUUUUGUAAUAAUCACUUAAGUUAUGAAGAAAAUGCCAAUUUUGUCACCGGUAGUUUUUGUUCUCAGUCUUGAAUGUGGAGCAGUAGCUGCUGGCGCCUCCAGACCAAGGAGGUGUAACCAGUCCCUGUCAGUGAGUCGUGAUCUACACAGGAAAACCAACAUUGUUGAACCCCCCCCCCCCCCCCCUAAGAAAAAAUAAACAAAAAAUAAUUUUUUAAAAAGAUGCAGGUUUUUUUUUUUGCAUCUCUAGGAAACGUGUGUGUAUGUAUAUUUUUAUUUUAUUUCCAGCUAGGAUAUAAUUAGUGCGGUAGGUCUUUGUCCAGUUCCAUUCCAUGGAAAUUACAAGUAUGUUGUACAUACUGCCAACAAUUGUCUUGCAAGUUGAGGCCUACAUUUACUAUGAGACUAUAAAAUAAACUAUUUUAUCCUUU